AUGGCAUUGAACACUUUAGACUACUCCGUCUUGUUAGCAUUGGCCAUCGCCGUGGUGGCCUACUACGCCAAGUCCCACUUCUUCGCCAACGACGUGGGCUCCACCGGAUUCCUUCCAACAGACGCUGGAUCAUCUCGUAACAUCGUCUCCACGGUCAAGGACAACAACAAGAACGCUAUCGUGUUCUACGGGUCGCAGACAGGAACAGCCGAGGACUACGCGUCCAAGUUGCUGAAGGAAUUGAGCUCCAAGUUCGGGUUGAAGACCAUGACUGUGGACUUUGCAGACUACGACUUCGACAACUUCGACGAGCUCGACCCCGACGUGUUGUGCUUCUUCUUGAUGGCCACCUACGGCGAGGGGGAGCCUACAGACAACGCCAACGACUUCAUCGCCUGGUUAGACGACGAGGCAGACACCUUGAGCAACCUCAAGUACACGGUGUUCGGGUUGGGCAACUCCACCUACGAGUUCUACAACGCCAUCGGCAAGAAGAUCGACCAGAAAUUGGAGGAGAAGGGUGGAGAGAGAUUCGCCGAGUACGGCGAGGGUGACGACGGUGUGGGAACCAUGGACGAAGACUACUUCACCUGGAAGGACAAGUUGAUCGACUCGUUGAAAAACAACUUGAACUUCGAGGAACACGAAAUGAAGUACGAGCCCAGCUUGGAACUCUCGGAAAGCUACUUGACCGUCGACGAUCCCUCGGUCUCUCUUGGUGAACCCAACACCAAAUACGUCUUGGGAACCUCCGACUUGACCAAGGGCCCUUUCGACAACGCCCACCCAUACUUGGCCCAAGUCAAGCACACCCAGGAAUUGUUCAACUCUAAGUCCAGAUCCUGUGUCCAUGCCGAGUUUGACAUCUCCCCUUCAAACUUGAGAUACUCCACCGGUGACCAUUUGGCGGUGUGGCCUUCCAACUCCAACGAAAACGUGGAAACUUUCGCCAAGGCCUUUGGCUUGGCCGACAAGUUAGACGACGUGUUUGAAUUGAAGUCCUUGGACUCCACCGUCUCCCUUCCUUUCCAUACACCUAUCACAUACGGUGCUGUUCUUAGACAUCACUUGGAAAUCUCCGGUCCGGUCUCCAGACAGUUGUUCUUGGCUAUUGCCGGUUUUGCACCCAAUGAUGCUACCAAGAAGUCCAUCCUCGAGCUCGGUAACGAUAAGGUUGCUUUCGCAGACAAGAUCCAUCAUCACAAAUACAACAUUGCUGACGCUUUGUUGGCUGUUUCCAAAGGUGAAGCUUGGUCAGAUGUUCCUUUCGAGUUUAUCAUCGAGUUUGUUUCUCACUUACAACCUCGUUACUACUCUAUUUCCUCUUCAUCCUUGUCGGAGAAGACCACUAUUCAUGUAACUGCAGUUGUCGAGGCCGAGGAGGUUGAGGACCGUACUAUUUCUGGAGUGGUCACCAACUUAUUGAAGAACAUCGAGAUUGUGCAAAACAAGUCAAGCGAUAAACCUGCUGUUACAUAUGACUUAGACGGACCAAGAGGCAAGUAUGCCAAUUUCAAGGUUCCUGUUCACAUCAGAAGAUCUACUUUCAAGCUUCCAACUAGCUCCUCAGUUCCAGUGAUCAUGAUUGGUCCCGGAACCGGUGUGGCGCCUUUCAGAGGUUUUGUGAGAGAAAGAGUUGCACAGAAGAAGAACGACCUAAAGAUUGGCCCUACUGUGUUGUUCUACGGUUGCAGAAAUGAGACCGAGGAUUUCUUGUACAAGAAUGAAUGGCCUGAGUAUUCUAAGGAAUUGGGUUCUGCCUUGGAAAUUCACACUGCAUUCUCUAGACAAGACCCAAGCAAGAAGGUCUACGUCCAACACAAAUUAUUAGAACAGGCAUCCAAGAUCAACCAAUUAAUUGCAGAUGGUGCAUUCAUAUAUGUUUGUGGUGAUGCUUCUAGAAUGGCCAGAGACGUUCAAAACACGUUAGUCAAGAUCUUGGCCGCGGAAAGAAAUAUUGAUGAAGAAAGAGCUGCCGAGUUGGUCCGGGCCUUCAAGGUUCAAAACAGGUACCAAGAGGAUGUCUGGUAA